AUCAUCUGCCAGUUGGUGUCAUUUAUUUGACAUCUUGGGGCUACAGUACUCUGAAGGACACCCACUGCCCUUAACAGAAAAAAUACUGCUGAGAAAAUGGUUUAACAGGACUCUCACCCUACCAGAAGUUCAGUGCAUUUUCCAGGAUUUUCAAGGCUUCGAUGUUGUCAUGUUGCGAGCCCACUAUCCACUUGUGUUUUUCCAUGAAUAAUGAAGAAAACCAUUUCAGGAGAUUAUAACAUCCGGUAUUUCAGUUUCUGAGAGCUUUGCUGAUUGAUCUUCCUACUCAAAACAAUCCUCAUUUCCUACAUUUCUGAAGAUCUCAAGAUCUGGACUACUGUUGAAGAAAUUUCCAGUAAGGUUCACUUAUAUCUUUAGAGAUGGCAAAUAACUACAAGAAAAUUGUUCUACUAAAAGGAUUGGAAGUCAUCAAUGAUUAUCAUUUUAGAAUUGUUAAGUCCUUACUGAGCAACGAUUUACAACUUAAUCCAAAAAUGAAAGAAGAGUAUGACAAAAUUCAGAUUGCUGACUUGAUGGAAGAAAAGUUCCCAGGUGAUGCUGGUUUGGGCAAACUAAUAGAAUUCUUCAAAGAAAUACCAGCACUGGGAGACCUUGCUGAAACUCUUAAAAGAGAAAAGUUAAAAGUUGUGAAUAAAAUUGAAUCCAUUCCAGUCAAAGGAACAACCCCAUCUAAAACGAGGAAACAGAAAGAAGUGGAUCCUGCUACACCUGCAUCCACUGCAAGCAACAGACUUACAGCUAAAGGAGCAGAGGAGACUCUUGGACCUCAGAAAAGAAGAAAACCAUCUGAAGAAGAGACUGGAACCAAAAGGAGUAAGAUGUCCAAAGAGCAGACUCAGCCUUCCUGCUCUGCAGAAGCCAGCAUGUCCACAGCCAUGGGCUGUUCCUCACCUCCCCAGACCUCAUCAUCAGCUCCACCCAACGCUUCCUCAACUGAGAGCCUAAAACCAUUGGCCAACCGUCAGGCAACUCCCAGUAAAAAUAUUUUCCCAAAAGACCCAAUGAUCGUGAUGGUACUAAGUGCAACAAAGAUAUUUAAAUAUGAAUUCUCAGAAAAUGAGCAAAGAAGAAUGUUUCAUGCUACAGUGGCUACGCAGACACAGUUCUUUCAUGUGAAGGUUUUAAACAUCAACUUGAAGGGGAAAUUCAUUAAAAAGAGAAUCAUCAUUAUAUCAAAUUAUUCUAAACAUAAUAGUCUCCUAGAGGUGAAUGAAGCCUCUUCUGUAUCUGAAGCUGGUCCUGACCAAAUGUUUGAGGUUCCAAAGGACAUCAUCAUAAGAGCAAAGAAAACUCCGAAGAUCAAUAUUCUUCACAAACAAACUUCAGGAUAUAUUGUAUAUGGAUUAUAUAUGCUACAUACGAAAAUUGUAAAUAGGAAGACAACAAUCUAUGAAAUUCAGGAUAAAACAGGAAGUAUGACUGUAGUAGGAAAAGGAGAAUGCCAUGAUAUCCCCUGUGAAAAAGGAGAUAAGCUUCAACUCUUCUGCUUUCGUCUGAGAAAGAGGGAAAAUAUGUCAAAACUGAUGUCAGAAAUGCAUAGUUUCAUCCAGAUACACAAAAAAACAAGCCAGAGAAGCCAUGACCCCAGGAGCAUGGCACUACCCCAGGAACGGAGUCAGCAUCCAAAACCUUCAGAGGCUGGCACAACCCUACCUGAAAGCCGUCCCAAGACUCCUCAGAUGCUGCCAACAACCCCAUCCAGCAGUUCCUUCACCAAGGUUCUCUGGACUGAAGCAUACAGAUAUGUGCAGCAACAAGUCUGUUGGGCAGGGCGGUCAUUGCUCUUAUUCUGGCUUUGCAUCCUAGAAUUAGCAAAUAACAUAAGACAACCAUGACUAUAAUUAGCAGCAUUCUUUUCCAGUUAGAGUGACCCCCAGGAGCAGGGCUCUAACCAGGAGAGAUGAUCUUGCACACCCUUCCAUAUGGCUGUUUGUUGGGUGUGUGGAUCUAUAGUGUGAAAGGAUUCUAAAAUUUUAGUUUUAAGUUGCUUUAUGUCUUAAAUUUUAUGCUUUAAAAUUUUAUUCUAAAAUUUUAGUUUUAAGUUGCUAAAUUGUCAUGAAAGGUUUCCCAGAGUCGUUGUUUCACUUCAUCCCAACCAUGUAUUGAUUGGUUCCGUGGUAGAGAAAUGAUACAGAUAUGUUUAUGCCCCCCAGUGGCAGUUUCAUUGCUGUCGGAAUGCCAGUGCAUCUUGUUGCUCCCCCACAUAUUCUAAGGCAGCCUUGAGGGCUCGCAGUAGUGCAAGAAUCUUUUGAUCUAUACCUUGCUAUAAGAGAAGUUUAUUAGACACAUUUCUGGCCAUAUUAUCUACAAAAGCAACUGUUUGUACUGAUUCAGUAAUAGAUGCAACAGCCACACUAGCGGUUGCCAGGAUGACUAUGGCUGAGACCAUAAAGGCUAUAAGUGUGCCUAUGAAUCUUUUGAGUCUCACCUGGGACAGGGGACAUUCUUAGGUGGCAAGGACAGAAGAACCUUGCCAAUCGCGUGUCAAAUUGACUGGUAGGAAUGCCUCAGAUUGUCUCCUUAAUAUCAUAACACUAGCAAUAUUUAAGUUAGAUAUAUUGUAAUUAGUGAUACAUGAGGCAAACCAAGCCUGUCCCUGCACCCCGAUCACAAACGUGGAGUUUUGGGGUAUAAUGGAAAUAUCAGUUCCCAUAAGGAAAACAUAUGGAUGGGGAGUGCAAAUUAGGCACUGAUCAGUGUGAUUACGAGUGAAGGCUAUAGUAUAAUUGUUACUGGAAUUAUGAUAUGUCCCAUACCAGGUGUCAAAGGAGGUGCUAAGAUAUCCCAGGUACCAUAAAGUGUCAUGGGGUGGCAAGGACUUUACUUGGGGUCUGGGAUAACCCAUCUCCCCAUCAGCUCAAAUCAUAGGGGAACGGGAUGAGGUUACAAAACGGUGAUUGAUGCCAUGAUGGAUGAGGACAUCAGUAAGACUGCCCUGCAAAUAGCUGUGUGGGCUCCAGUCUAAGAUGUUAUAAUAGCCUAGUUGGAGGCUAUGGGCUUGUUCCCCAUGACAGACCUCCCAGCUAAAGUGGAAUUCAUUAGUUUCCCAGCUUUGUUCUUUAGCACAGGAAGGAAUGUUUGGGAAAGCGGCAUUAAUUGCAUUACCCAAUUUGAGACUACCUGCAGCUAAGACUGUUAAGGCCUUUCCUUUGCCAUGAUGUAGCCACAAUUGGGUUUGGGCAGGUACACAUUAAGGGUUAGAACCUUUAUAACUUACUCACAGUGGAAGGAUAGUGGAGUGAUACGUAGUGUUAUCUGGCACCUUAGUCCAAUGUGUGCCAUUUUUGAGAGACCCCACUGGGUGUAAAUCUAACCCUCCUAGCCAAGCAAUCACAUUAUUAAAGGCUGGGAAGGGAGUGUCUGCCCAGGUGACAGGGCGAAAGAAAGGCAGAUCUAAGAUAUGAGCCCAGUAGAGUUUAGCAGGUACAGGUUGCAGACAAAGUGAGAGCAUAAAAAAGGAACCAUACCCUAUGUGAGUUGCAAUGUACAACAGAAAGCAUAGCAAGAAGCAAAUUAUCUGGAGUGAAUGGUGUCUGUGUCUGGAGCAGGAUUCGUUCAGCCUCCUGAGUUGUCCUCUUCAGCAUCCUCCAGGUAACGUCUGAUGCUUGUGUUGUCUGAGGAAGCCACAUUGUCCAGGGCUGCGGGUCCUGUAGGGUUAGUUCCUUCAUUUCUGGUACCAGUUUGGGUCCUAGCCACGCCAUGAUAUGGUUUGAUGUGUCAUGCUGGAAUCCAAGGAGGACCUGAGGGCGUGUGGACACAAGCAUGCCCUCUUCCCCAUGUUAAUAAUUCACUUGGAACACACCAUACAUUACUGUUCACAUCUUUCCAUAAAACUGAAGGUUUUAUGCCUAGAGAGGUUUUAGCAAAGUGCUUUUCUACAGCUUGUGCCGAUAGUGUGGCAGGGUAUUUACCCAUACUCCUCCUUUUUUGUUUCUUGAAUAUAUUUUUAGGUGUGGAGUCGGCAUGUUCUACUAUGGUUUGUCCUUGGGGGUUAUAUGGGAUGCCUGUGGAAUGUUAGAUAUUCUAUGUGUGACAAAAUUGUUGAAAUUGUGAGCUGGCAUCAGCUGGACCAUUAUCAGUUUUAAUUUUUGUGGGCCGUCCCAUAAAUGCAAAAGUUAAUGACAUAUCCAGUGGAUUUUCCAGGAAGAACAUGUGCACUAAUUAGAUGAGUGUUCGUAUCAACAGAUACAUGUACAUAUUUUAGUUUUCCACAUUCAGGGAUAUGUGUAAUGUCUGUUUGCCAUAACUGAUUAGGUUCUAGUCCUCUAGGGUUAACACCUGUUGAAGGAGGGGAUGUGCCUGUGAGGUGGCAAUCUGGGAAUUGUAGGAUAAUCUGUUUAGCCAGUCUCUGGGUAAAUUGAAAUUGCUUAGAUAAGUUUCUCCAAUUUUGGUGGAAAAACUGAUGCGAUUAGGUGGCUUGGUCAAGCAGUGAUGUCAUAACCUGAAGGUCUGCUUGAUCAUGGCCAUAAGCCAAUGGGCUAGGCAGUGAGUUGUGGGCUCGAAUGUACGUAAUAAAAAUAAGAUGUGUACGUUGAUCUAGCAAUUGCUGAAGUCAGAGAAAAAAAGCACAUAGGGCAGGCUCCAGAGUGGACUUAAUUAGGGCUGUCUGAAGGUUCUGCAAUAAAUAGAGUAAGCAGAAUCGCUAACGAUAUUGACGGGCUGAGUGGAAAAAGUUUCCAAGGCCAAUAUCAGAGCCCCAAUCUCAGCUCUCUGAGUGCUGGUAAACCGAGUUUGAGUGAUUGAAUUAUGUGGUCUCCACCAGACUGGUGCUUUUCCAUGUUUACGCAAACCAUCAGUAAACAGUAUUGAAGCACUAGGUAUGGGGGAGUGAACUACUUUUGUAGGUAAAACAUUUACUAGACUUUUUGGGAAUGAUGAAAAAUGGGUGCAUCCCAAGGGCUGUUGGUAGAAUAUCAUCCAUAAAAUGAAUAACCUUGCAAUCAGGAAAUUUUUCUUUCUACUGGGGAGCAGUUUGCUUUUAAUUGCUCCUUAAUUAACUCAUGGGCCUCUUGUAAUUUCUCUCCCUUUAGAGGUUACUGUUUUACUUAAAUUGGAUUUGGAGAAAGUCAUGUUAGGGGUAAGAGAGAGAUAACAGUGGCCAUUAUUAGAAAGAGGUUUUUAAAAUUUCUAAAUUUUACUUAAAUCUUAGCAUAGAAUUAUAAUCUGGGGUGUCGCUUGUAUACAAGGAGCACAUGAAAUUUUGCCGUGGUCCGCCUGCAGAGCUGGAGAGCUAAGCAUGCGGGCCCCAGGGUGGUGGCUGCCUUGCGCUUGCCUAGGCGCUGCUGUUGCCUGUGUGGCUUUUCUUUUCUGUUUUCUGUGCCACUCCCUCCCGCUGCUGCAGGGCGGCUACUGCCUGCUGGGUGGACCUUCCCACAUGUGCCACCUGCCCCUCCCCAGCAGGCUACCUCCUGCGGCUGGGCCUGGCUUCUUGUAGUGGCAGCUGCCCAGGCUGAGUUCCUGGGAGCAUUGGCUGGCUCCGGAUUUGUGAGCUUCCCCACUGCCGAGCCUUUCUUUCUACCUACUGCUUGCUUGGUGGCACAACUUUGGCCUCUAAUGCUUUUUUAAAUCUUUUUAUAAGCGUUAAAAGAAAUGGGUUUAUGAUUGCCUUGUUGAUCUUGCAUUACUCUGCAGGCGAAGGGCUCCCUUCUAAUGCCGCUUGCUUAAGACAGGGUUCCAUACCUGGAGUAUAUCCUGCCUUUUUUCCCAUCUAUUGGAGGAAGGGAGCUCAGGCAAAACCUCCGUUCCCGUUUGUUAUUUUGGCCUGAUGAUACUGGGGCUGAGGGAAGAGGAAGUGGUAAGGCAGGUGACGGUUCCUCCUCCUUCCCCUUUUUAGGCUCUUCUGGUUGUAACUAACCAGAGCCCCUCUAACUAAAGCCCAUAGCGUUAGGGCUGUUACUGGGACCCAUUGCCCUUGUGCAUAAUGUUGUUUAGGAUUUCUCCCUACUUACUCCCAGAGCUCUACAUCUAGCAUGCCUUCUUUUAAGAACCAUUGAUUAUGGGUUACAACCAUUUGCAUUAGGUCCCUUAAUUGAGCCUGUGAAACUGAGGCUCCGCUAGCCUUAAGCAGCUGUUUCAAUACUUUUAUAUACUGUUUCUGUUGAGCUGAUAACUGUUGUCCCAUGAUGAAACCUAGCCUGAACAAGGCCCACCGGCGCUGAACUUGGAAAUCCCAAGUGGACACUAAUGACUUACUGACUCACUGACCGUGCAGUUCUUUUUCACCUUCGUUUUUGGGAGGUCCGUUGCACUGCCUUUGCAGUGUUCCUCACACGGGCUACCAGCUGCAGGGGUCCAUCCUGCAGACCCUGACCCAACGACAGAUGAAUAAUGUACACUGAGACAGAUAUUCUGCCUGUCACCUCAGCUAAGGGUCCAGGCCCCUCACAGACACCAAGGAAGGCGCUGUAAAGAGUAGCAGCUGCGGCCUCGACUGGCUGGCCCUGUGGGCAUUUAUUUAGCACAGAUUUAAUUGACGAAGGCUUUUGAGUCAACAAACCUGUGGGUAAUUUGGUUGCUGAACCCGCCGCAGUAGAGAGUGAUUAUGCACCCGCAGUUGAUCAGAAGUUGGCCUUAAGACCACAUGAGUAAACAAGCUAUUUAGAUAAACUACUCUACCUUCCUUUGUACCCACUUUAAGCUAUUUAAUCAAGGUAAGAAUUAGGCUGCUUUCAGCCAUAACCCUAUCUUGUGACUUUUACAAAACCUUCCAGCCUUCCAAGAAGAUUUGUGUCUAUGUCCUAUAACUUCAUCUUAAAAUUUUUCCCACCAGCCUGACUGAACUCCCACAGAUAUCCACAUUUCAGAUUAGAUGAGGUCCUCCCAUUGUUGGUUCUCUCUGGUCCUUCAUUUAUGAGCUUUCCUAGCUCCCUUUACUUUUCAUGAUAGCCUUAGAACAACUAGAGUGAAGGAGUGAUUUUCCCCCUUGCUAUACCAUAAGCUCAGAUGGUAGGUAGAGUUUACCGCAGAGGAACAAAAUACAAGAGGGAAAAGGUCAGUUCAUGCUAUGUGCAUCAAUUCUUAUUCCAGAUUACCUUUUCCUCUGACAUGAUGGGGUAGCUACCUGCACUCAGGGUUCAGAAGCCUGUAUUUAUGGUGAAAGGGCAGGAAACUUGGAGGAAAAGCAAAAUAAUUAAAUCACUAGUUUUACAAUCGUUUCUCACUCCAGCCCUAAGCCCAGCAACAGACACCUCCACCACCUUGUAUACACUCUGGAGGACAGGCUUCCUAUGUACAAGCUCUCUGUUUUGUUUUUGUUGUUAUCAUUGUAGUUCUUAGUUCUAACACACUAUAUUGCCUCAGUAGUUUAUUCAAGUAUUAUUUGAGCUAGCAGCCUGUGUCUUUUUGCCAACUUGGCACAAGUGGCUAUGAAUGGAGCCCUUGCUCAAUCAUUGCAGCCUCAGAUCCAUAUUCUCUUGACCACUUCAAUGUCCACUUAAAUGAACAUCUCCAGACAACAAUGCCUUUCUCACUUACAUUGAUUGAAUGGGAUUAUGUAGGAAUUUCUAAAUCUUACCUGCCAAAAUCUUAAUCACAAACCUUGCUAAAGCUGUACAGAUUAUUCUGCUGUACGUGAACAUCUCUAGAGCACAGGAAUCCCAGGAGAAUAUUAUGCCUUUGUGGCCUCAAAUACCUAAACACAUCAUGCAGCCAUUUAUUCUUGGGUGUCCAACUACCACCUGUAAAAAAAGAGUAUCCAACUACUUACUUAUGACUCACUAGGUGAGCAGGAAAGUCUCGUUCCACUCAUCGUGGGUUUGCCAGAUUUUGUCUGAUAUAGUUUGUAUAUGGAUUGGGAUUUAAAACAAGAAGCAACCUAUUCCUAUCGUUAAUUUCUUACGUUAUGUUAACCUAAAGCCAAAAACACAAAUUGACAUGAAUCAGGACCAGGAAUGGUAAAGAAAAGCAUUACUCUGAGAACAUUUUUUUAAUAAUUUAAAAUACUAGUCAACCAGAGUAUAUAUGUUCUCAUCCAAAUUCCACCAUUGUGAUGGACUGUUUUAUUUGACUAUUUUUGAGAAGAUAAUAACUCAAGAUGUUUUUGUCAAUAAGUGUUAGAAACAAAUAAAGAAGUUUUUUUAAUAAAAUACUUUCUAUACCAGUUUGAUCUAGAGUUUCCAUGAGAAAGGUAAACAGGGAGUACAAGACACAAGUGAUCAGAGUAGACAUCCAAAUCCCUGCAGAAUGAGUAUAAUACCAAACAUAAAUGAUAUUCUACUUUCUGAGUAUUUACAGGGUACUGGUUUUAAAACCUGCAUUCUGUAUGUAUAUGUAUAUUAUCACAUCCCUUUUUCAUAACACAGUCAUGAGAAUGCUACUCUUAGCCUUAUACAUAAGAGAAAACUGAAAUACAUAGGAUUUAAAAAUAUUCCCCAAGUUUACAAAGAUAGUGAGUGUGCUAAAUGUAAAUUAUAUGUACUUUAUGUAUCUUUUCUUAUUUGUUCUGCGUUACACUGCCUUGAUGAUAUCAUUAUUAGUCGUCACAUUUCACAUUUCUAAAUACUGAGGAAAUGAGAGGUUAAAUCUUCAUUUAAGAUACUGCUUUUGAGGGACAAGAUAACUAACUAGAAACAGCUAGUGUGCACCACUCUUGUAGAGAGAAGAGAGUAGCAAGUAAAUGCUAGAUCUUCAACUGGAACAUCCAGGUGGACCAUUGAGAACCACCAAGAAAACAGCUUUACCCAUGGAGAAUAGAGAAGAGUAAGACAAGACAAUUGCUCACCUGGGUAUGGCGUGAAGCCAGAGGAGGCUUCUUCACUGCAGGGAGAUGGUGGGUGAGUGAGAGUCUCUGUGGACCCAUACCUUUGCCACCCUGGGCUCAGGAGAUAUUCCCAUGAGACUACCCCACUGGAGCCUUCAGACUGAGGGGAGAGCUAAGUGGAGCCUGGGCAGAGCCACCACUCAGGCAUACAGGGGACACUUGGAGCCUUGGAUCCAAGUAUCCUGGAAUUAGCGGCUGCAGCUCUGGCAAUAGGGGAGGUCAGGCUGCGCCACAGGCCUUCAGGAAAGGAGCUAAAUCCAGGGGACUAAGUAGCACUGGACUGCAAGCCUCGCCUCCACUGCACCUCACAGGAUAAAGUCCACUAGCGUAGUACUCCAGGCACCCCCCUGCCUGGGCUUCUCGGCCGGUAGCAGAUCUGCACUUCCCUGGCAUGGAGCCCCCAGAGGGAGAGGCAGCCUGCCACUUUUGCUGUUUCACAGCCAUUGUCACGGCUGCCUUCAGGCCCUGGAGCGUGUGUGGUGAUUAGGGACUGGCCGGAUCUCCAUCACAGCACAGAUGCCUCAUGAAAGAGUGGCCAGACUGUUUUAUACGUGGAUUCCAGAUGCCAGUUCUCCUCACUGGGCAGGACCUCCUGACUUCAGACUCCAGCUACUCCCUGCCUGGGCUAUGGUGACUAUAGCAUCUCUAUACUUCCCUGGGAUGGAACUCCUAGCAGGAAAGUUAGGCUGACAUUUUUCCUGUCUUGCAGCCCUCACAUCAAUUGCCUUCAGGUUCUGAAGGAAGGGCAGUGAUUGGUGAUGGGUGGAUCCCCAGCACACUGGAGCCACCCCACGGAGAAGUGGUUGGAGUGUUGUAAACAUAGGUCCCUGUUCACAUUUCUCCUCACUGGGUGGGGCCCUCAGGCCUAGGGCUCGAACACAACUACCCUGCCCCCUCCUGAACACUUCAGUGGAAAGCAGCUUUGCAUUUGUCUCAGGAGAAAAUCUCAGAGACUACGCACAACUCCUCCACCAUUGCAGCUGCAGUGGCACUGCCCUAACUGCGCUUGGGCCAUGAAAGAAACAAAGGAUCUU